CGCACGGGUCGGCGGAGACGGUGCAUGCGCUGUAUGAUGGACUCCCACCAACUGGCACAGGCGCAGGCGCUGAGCGGCUUGCCUUAAUGGUAGGUGGGAAAAAGUGACUUCUGUUUAGGCGUAAAGCAGCGAAAAACACUGAGAAAAUGUCGAGGGGCACUGUGGCAAAGGACAAUCGGGUGCACAGUGGAUACCUCAGGAAUGAAUACUUUGCAUGGGAAGGCACUGGAGACUGAAAGGCCGCGAAGGAAUUUUUCCGCUAAUUGAGGAAACCAAAGGUACCACAGAGUCUUCACUCGUUGAAGCGGAGUGGAAAAAACAAAACACACACACACGAGAAGAACCACCAACAGACAAUAAAACCAAAAGCGUAAAAGACAGAAAUUGAGCAGCGAAAGAAGAGGCCGAAAGGCUGUUCGUUCACUGACGAGUAAUCUCUAGUAAAAGCCCGGAGACAAUGCAUUUAAAACUUGGGACACAUGUGUCAGGACCUGAGGUAUAAGAAUGGCCGUGGAAUUAUCAGAAGGACCUUUGAUAAUACUGCUUCCUGCUUAUCCAAAACAAGAGCACUCAUACAGCAGGAAAUUCAGUAUUCAGCAUUAGUCAGUCAACAUGUCCCUGCUGUGUGUGUGGAGUGCUCUUCUAAAUUCUGUGGGGUGUGAUGAUGGUAGUAUUUCCUGGAGAAGCAUGCUGUAUAAAGGAGAACUGGAAUAAACACAAGUGUGACAGAACUGCAACUAAGUGAUUGGAAGAAAAGGAGCGUGGUUUCGGGCUGCGCGCUGACUAGGGCGCCACUCGCGAGGCCGCAACAGAGCCCGCAGCGCCGCCAUCGGCGAGCCAGAGCCUUCCAGACCCGGAGCAUCGAACUGCGGACACCCUUCAGCUGGGCGAGUUUGAGGAGCCGCCUGCAACCUUCGAGGGAGCUCAGCGCACACAGAACACCGCGCUGGAAGCGCGCCUCGGCGCAGACAAGAGAAUAUGGGUUUUGCCACAAGAGGACAGUUCUACCUACCACUGGGCUGCAUGAUGCUGAUCAAUCUGAUUAAUGCUGACUUUGAAUUUCAAAAGGGGGUGCUUGCCAGUAUCAGCCCAGGCAUCACAGAAGAUAUUGAUUUCCAAUGCUGGAAUUCUUGCUCUUUGACAUUGAUAGAUCUCAAGGAACUCAAGAUACAGCACAAUGUGGAUGCUUUCUGGAAUUUCAUGUUGUUUUUGCAAAAAUCCCAGCGGCCUAGACAUUAUAAUGUCUUCUUAAGCAUAGCUCAGGAUUUCUGGGACAUGUAUAUAGACUGCUUGCUCUCACGAUCUCAUGGAAUGGGCAGAAGACAGGUGAUGCCUCCCAAGUAUAAUUUUCCGCAGAACAGGAGGUAA